UAAUCGUCAUUGUCUACAACGAGACUGAUUUUCUCAGUCACCGAAGCUCGUCAGCCAUGUCCGGGAAAAAUCAAACCAACUAGUAAACCACGCAACUUGCAGUUCUCAUUUCCUUUACAUCCCGAUCUCACCACGCCAAUUCUUUGGAAAGGAAAAGAAAAAGGAAAAUGCAAGCCAAAUCAAAUUGAAUCUCACACCAUUUCAUCCUCUGAUCAUUCCAAAAUUUUCCCGGAAAAGGAAGGAAAAUAAGCAAAAUUCAGCUGAGAGGAGGAUUCAUCAAUCACAAAAUGGCACGGAUCUUCGAGUAUUUUGUGGUGUGUGGGCUGGGUCCAGAGCUUCGAACCUUGGAUGGGAACAAAGGGUACCAUGGAAAGGGAGAAAUGUAUCUGCCUUCUCUGCUCGACCAAUAUCCUCCUGACGAUCACUCUCUGUAUCCUCCUCCUCCUCCCCAGCUCCCCACCUGUGUUCUGCCUGCUGGUGUGGAGUUCUACUCUUCUGGAUUUGAUUCUAAUGAUGACUCUACUUUUCCACGGAGCUAUCCUAUCGUCUUAACUGAGGGUGAUGGAUCAAAAAUUUAUGUUACUUGCAUUGCUUUUCGGGAUCCAGUUAGUGAGGAUAUUGCUGAAGCUUACCGUAUACCAGCAAAUUCAUUUGCUGAUAAAUGUAUCUGUCUUGUAUCUCGCUCACCUAGUUUCCGUAUCCUUCGAAAUGCACUGGAAGAGAUAUUUGCACUAUGCUUUUCUCCCAGCGGAAGCAGCAAGCCAUUAUGGGAUGUUAUAGCACACAUGGUUUCCAAUGUACCUUUGCCUACACCUGGAAAGGAUCGAGUUUUAUUUGCUAUUGAGAAUUGCCUACUCUCUGUGGAGGCUCCACCAAAAGAAGGGCUUCCUCAUGUUGAUAUAUCUUUUCAGCCACUGGUACAAUGCUUGGAUGUUGAUAACUUAAUCAAAUUUUUUACUGCUGUGUUGCUUGAGAGGAGGAUUUUACUUCGAUCCAAUAAGUAUUCUAUUUUAACUCUUGUAUCAGAAGGCAUAUGCCAUUUAAUUUAUCCUUUUAGGUGGCAGCAUGUCUACAUUCCAUUACUAUUUUUCAGUGGAGUAGACUACAUCGAUGCUCCAACACCAUAUAUGAUGGGCCUUCAUUCCGGUGUUGAUACAUCUAAUCUUGCAAUGGAUGGCGUAGUGGUUGUAGACCUUGAUUAUAAUCAAAUCAGCACAACAGAGGAAAUACCUCCUAUUCCAGAGCCAGAAUUAAGUUCUUUGCGUAGUGACAUAUUGAAGCUAUUAUUCCCUAAUGUCAUGGGUAUAGAUCAAGUGAAGGCCGGUGUGUUUAGUUCCUCUGUGCAAUAUUGUAAAGGUUACAACAAGCCUUGGGGAGAGGACCACGACCUCCAACUUAGGUUAAUAUUCUUAAAGUUCUUUGCAUCAAUUUUAGGUGGCUACCGCAAUUUCAUUGAAAAUGGUGCAACACAGGUCUUUAAUGCUCAAGCAUUUUUGAGAAAGCGCUCUCGCUCAACAAACCAGCCAACAGAGCCCAUGAUAACGCAGUUUUUGGACACUCAUGGUUUCUUGGAUUAUCUAGAGAGAGCAGGAGGUUCCAAUGAAAACAACAUUAAUCUCCUUGACAAGUUACAAGAUGCAAUUGGAAGGGGUCAAAAUCCUAUUUCAAUUCUUCCCAUGUCAUUGGAAGAGCCUGAGUUUAUAACCAUAUCAGAUGAUGAUGUGGGAGCAGGAGCAGGUGCCAAAUAUACCUAUGAUAGGUUUCCUUCAAACAUUAGAUCAGAAGAGCAAGAAGAGAAAAGGAAGCAGAUUCUUGCUGCAGCAAGUGGAGCUUUCGAGUACAUAAAGCAUGCUCCUAGCUCACCUUCUGUGCAAGUGGGUAAGGAUUCUCUUAGUCCAAUGGAGAGAGCUGCAGAAAGGGAGCGCAUGGUUUUGGACAUUAAAGUUAAGCUGCAGGGUUUGUGGCUGCGCCUUCUAAAACUGGGAGCUACUGAUGAUCCACUUUCUUCAUUUGAAUAUGGCACAAUCCUUGCACUGAUUGAGUCUGAUGCAGAGGGAAUUGGUGGCAGUGGGUUUGUUGAAUGUAUCAGCGAGCACAUACACUCAGGAUGGCACUGUCAGUUGACUGAUGAACAGUUUAUUGCAGUGAAAGAGUUGCUUAAAACAGCAAUUAAUCGUGCAACAUCCCGGAAUGAUGUGUCAACCAUUAGAGAUGCCCUUGAAGUGUCCGCUGAGAUGUAUAAGAAGGAUGCUAAUAAUGUUUCUGACUAUGUCCAGCGCCAUCUAAUUUCUCUGUCCAUUUGGGAGGAGCUAAGGUUCUGGGAAGGCUACUUUGACCAUCUUAUGGAGCAUUCUUCAAGCAAGUCAACUAAUUAUGCAGCUUUAGUCACAACCCAACUAAUUCUGCUGGCAUCUCACAUGGCUGGAUUGGGACUUUCUGAUACUGAUGCUUGGUACAUGGUUGAGACUAUAGCAGAGAGGAACAAUAUUGGAUACAAGCAGCUUAUAAAACUUAGAGGAUUUCUUUCACAUAUACAACUUCGUAUUGGUUACUGGGGAACCUCUUUGGUUAAGGCCCAAUCUAUGUCAUCUCAUGGGUUGUCUUCCCCUCGUCUUUUAGACGUUACAGAUGAGAAUCAGCAACCUGCUGAGGCAUCUGGUGUAGGCAGGAGUUGGGUGCAAAGCAUGUUUAGCAGAGAUUCAUCAAGAGUAAACUCUUUUGCUCGUGUUCAACGAUGGACAUCUGAAAGCACUUUAACUGCAAAAGAGAAUGGGACUUCUCGGAAACAAGAUUUAUCUGCUGCUGGGCAAAAGAAAAUUCCAACCAACAUCCGUAUACUCAGGGGUCAUAGUGGUGCUAUUACUGCGUUGCAUUGUGUAACUAAAAGGGAGGUGUGGGAUCUGGUGGGUGACCGUGAAGAUGCAGGAUUCUUUAUCAGUGGAAGCACAGAUUGCAUGGUUAAGAUAUGGGAUCCUAGCAUUCGUGGUUCCGAACUUCGGGCGACUUUGAAAGGGCAUAGAAGAACUGUUCGUGCUAUAAGUUCUGAUCGAGGAAAGGUGGUAUCAGGAUCUGAUGAUCAGUCUGUUAUUGUGUGGGAUAAGCAAACAUCUCAGCUUUUAGAAGAGCUGAAGGGCCAUGAUGCGCAGGUCAGCUGUGUUCGUAUGCUGUCAGGUGAGCGUGUCCUUACUGCUGCCCAUGAUGGAACUCUGAAGAUGUGGGAUGUUCGAACUGAUACCUGCGUAGCAACAGUUGGUCGCUGCUCUAGUGCAGUCCUGUGUAUGGAGUAUGAUGAUUCCACUGGUAUCCUGGCUGCUGCUGGUAGAGAUGCAGUUGCGAACAUCUGGGAUAUUCGUGCUGGUAGGCAAAUGCACAAGCUGUUAGGACAUACAAAAUGGAUACGGUCAAUUAGAAUGGUUGGAGAUACAUUGGUUACUGGUAGUGAUGAUUGGACUGCAAGAGUGUGGUCUGUUUCACGAGGAACAUGUGAUGCUGUUCUAGCCUGCCAUGCUGGUCCAAUUUUAUGCGUCGAGUAUUCCACGUUAGACAGGGGAAUAAUAACAGGUUCAACUGAUGGGCUGCUCCGAUUUUGGGAGAAUGAGGAAGGAGGUAUAAGGUGUGUGAAGAAUGUAACCAUUCAUAAUGCUGCUAUAUUAUCUAUCAAUGCUGGGGAGCACUGGUUAGGAAUUGGAGCAGCCGAUAAUUCCAUGUCUCUGUUCCAACGACCUCAAGAACGACUCGGUGGCCUCUCUGGCACUGGCUCAAAAAUGUCUGGGUGGCAGCUUUACAGAACGCCACAAAAGACCGUUGCUAUGGUGAAAUGUGUAGCCUCUGAUCUUGAAAGGAAAAGGAUAUGCAGCGGGGGUCGAAAUGGAGUUCUCAGGUUAUGGGAAGCAACCAUCAACAUUUAACUUUGUAUCAUAUCUUCCAUUCAUUAUAGUGUCAAUCACUGAAGGCGAUUUAGGAAGUUGCUUGUAUUGUAUUUGGUGAUGAUGAGAAUCCAUUUUCCUUCAACCUAGGGUUUGUUUGGAGCAUUCAAAUAUAAAACCCCAUUUUUACCUUGGGGACAAUUUUUGCAGGCCUUAAUUUGUAUGGUUCAGCUUACACAGAACACGGGUGCUUGCUUCUUGUAUUCCAUUAUUCUCUGUAAUAUAUUGAUUUUGUUAAUUUA